AUUUUACACAUAGUCGAUUUUCCCCUGGCAGCACAUAAAUCAACAUAAGAAUAUGAAUUCCUUAAUUAACAGACCAUUUAGUCUAGUUUAUCGAUCAAUCUAUACUACAUCAAGAUACUUUUGUAAACCAGAAGUUCCCCGCAAUGUUUAUGAAGAGUUUCAAAGUGCACAUAAUCAGGAAAAGCCUGGAGCAGUUUAUGACAAAAAGCCAUUCAGGAUGUCACUAAAACAAGGUCAAAAAUACUCAUGGUGUUUCUGUGGAAAGUCAAAAACUCAGCCAUUGUGUGACGGAACUCAUAAGAUUGUGCAUUUCAAAAUUGAACAGAAGCCUAUUAGAUUUAUGGUUGAAAAGGAUGGUGAUUAUUACUUAUGCAACUGUAAGCAGACUAAAAACCGGCCUUUCUGUGACGGAUCUCACAAGACCUUACCGUAAAUUAGAGCUAUUAUAAUCGAAUAGACUUUUUAAUCAUGCUGCGUGUAAAAAUAUUAAUAAAAGAAUAGUUUCCAUCUA